CAUGGUAUGGGAUGACUCAAAGCGCAGCUCGUGUCGGGCAUGGAAUUGGUGCCGAGCGCCUGGCGGGGAGAGCAGCAAGGUGGUGGGAUGGUGGGAACGGGCAGGGGCAGCCCGGGCGAGGGGGCAGCGGGCGGGCCGGGGCCGGUCCCAGUCCCAGUCCCGCCGGGCGGCCCGGCCCCAGCCCCGCUGCCCCACGCAGGGUGUCCGGCACAGCCCGGGGUGGGGUGGGGACGGCGGGUCCCGGCGGGUCCCGGCGGCCGGGGCGGCCCCGCGGGCCGCUGCCCGUGACCUACUUCCCACCGGCUCCUCCCGGCGGAGGGUACAGCCGCUCCCCGUGCCCCUGCCCGGGCUGCGGGCGCCGCGCCCGCCUUCUGCGCGCCUUCUGCGCGCCUUCUGCGCGCCGUCCGCGUCCGCGCGGCGUACGCGGGAGGGGGCCGAUGCGGGCGGGUCGGCGGCGGCCGCGGCUGCCGGUGGCGGCGGGGAGGGGGGAGGAGCGCGCCUGUGCAGUGCCGGGAGGCCGGGCUCAGCCCGCCGCCGCGUUACACAACCGGCCGCCGCAGCAGGCGAGUUUCACAAGUCCCGCCGCUCGCCCGCCCGCAGCCAGCGCUCGCCGCCGGGCCUGCCCGCGCUCAUGCCAUGUCCGCGCCGGGCAGCGGGACCCUGCGGCGGGCGGUGACCCCGGUCGGCGGGGGGACACGGCGCCGGGGCUGGGCAUGGCACUGAGAGCGGCUCCGGGACGCGCAUCCUGCCGGACGGAUUAAUUUUUCUCUGUCUAUAUUUACAUGGUGAUAAGAAGUGCUAAUCCCACUCCGUCAGUCUGGACUGAUGAAUCUGAGGAAUAGAACAGAGCCCUGUGUCGUGUAAACGAACUGAUGGAUGAAGAUGAGAAGGACAGGGCAAAGAGGACUCCCGACCUGUGAUUUUAUUGGCAUCAUGCAGUGCUGCCCACCUCUGGUAGAGUUCCCCAUGAAACUUAGAGAGCAGUCCUGCUUUAGCACAGGGCAUCACGCAACAAAUCUGAAAAGAAAAGGAGAGACCAGUUCAAUGUCCUCAUUAAAGAGCUUUGCACGAUGCUGCAGGGCCACGGUCACCCUCUCAAGAUGGACAAGUCCACAAUACUGCAGAGGACCAUUGACUUCUUACAGAAACAGAAAGAAAUCACAGCACAGACAGAAGCCUGUGAGAUUAGACAAGACUGGAAGCCUUCAUUUCUUAGCAACGAGGAGUUCACCCAGUUGAUGUUAGAGGCACUAGAUGGCUUUCUCAUUGCUCUUACCACUGAUGGGAUUAUUAUUUAUGUAUCUGACAGUGUUUCAUCUCUGCUCGGACACUUACCGUCAGAUUUGGUGGACCAAAAUAUAUUAAACUUUCUGCCUGAGCGGGAGCAGAGCGAGGUGUACAAGCUCCUUUCUCCGCAUGUGCUCAUGACAGAUCCUGUUGCAGCUGAUUUUCUAAACGUGGAAAAACAAAUAGAGUUUUGCUGCCAUUUAGCAAGAGGCAGCUUAGAUCCAAAUGAACCCCUGAUGUAUGAAUAUGUGAAAUUUGUAGUGGAUUUUAAAUAUUUUACUCAUGUGCCUACACCCUCCUGUAAUGGCUUUGAGUCAGCUAUUGCACGAGCUUUCAGGUCAGCCACAGAAGAGCAGAUUUGCCUCGUAGCCACUGUUCGUCUCGUCACACCACAGUUCUUAAAGGAGCUCUGCAAUGUUGAAGAGCCAUGCGAAGAAUUUACAUCGAGGCAUAGUUUGGAAUGGAAGUUUUUAUUCUUGGACCACAGGGCUCCACCUAUUAUAGGAUAUUUACCCUUUGAGGUUCUGGGAACGUCAGGGUAUGAUUACUACCACGCAGAUGACCUGGAGCUUCUUGCUAGGUGCCAUGAACACUUGAUGCAGUUUGGAAAAGGAAAGUCCUGUUACUAUCGGUUCCUGACCAAAGGCCAGCAGUGGAUAUGGCUGCAGACACACUACUACAUCACCUACCACCAGUGGAACUCCAAACCAGAGUUCAUCGUUUGCACUCACCUGGUAGUUAGUUAUGCGGAAGUUCGAGCUGAAAGGAGGCGAGAUCUUGGCCUCGAAGAGUCAUCAAUUGAACUGGCAUCCUCUUCUCUAAAGAGCCACAGCAGCUACCUGGACAUGGGGCAGUGCGGCAGCAGCCAGGACGCCAGCCGGGAGGGGGUCUCGCUGUCAUCCCACAGCUCCCGGCGCUCCUCACACACCGCCCUCUCCGAUUCCACGUCCACGUCAUCCAUGCGGCACACGGACACCAGCACUCCCACCCGGCCGUCAGUGCCAGCGGGGCAGGCGGAGAAGGCAGCCCUGCGGCUGGCAUCAGCUGGCAGCGCCCAGGCCAUAGCAACUCCUCAAGCCCCUGGUGAACACCUUCCUCAGCACCCCGUGGCUCAGCCGGCAGUCCCCUCUCAGCACGCCGUGAUGCCAGUGUACCAUUUCCCUACUCAGCUGGGGAUGAUGCAUCAGCUGAAAGAGCAGCUGGAGGAGAGGACUCGCAUACUGCAAGCUGACAUCAAGACGCAGCAGGAGGAGCUCCAUGUCAUCAAGGAGCAGCUCCAGCUAGUGCAGGACUCCAACCUGCAGAUGCUGAUGCAGCAGCCGAUCCCCAUCGUCUUCAACAACGUGCAGCACCCGAGCCCCCGGAGGCCGCCACCACCUGGGACACCCAGGCAGACCACAGCCAAGAAGUCGCAGCAGCAAGGCCCGGUGGGGACCAAGCACUACUGCGGCACCCGCCUGCAGUCACCGCACCAGUUCCUCAGGGACCCCUGCAGCACGGCUGCCCAGGUGCAGCAGCAGCAGCAGCACCUAAUGAGAGGAAACCAAGCCCAGCAAACCUGUCUGCCGGGGCAGACGAGCAUUUCGGUGCCCCUCUACAACAACCCCAUGGUGUUUUCACAAGCGCAUCCCAUUGCAGUGGCUGCACAGACGUCAACUGAGGGCAGCGAGCGGCAGCCGCCAUCUGACUACAGCCAGGACAGGAGCCUCAGGAUGCUGUUGGAUCAGUCUAUCCAAGCCAUGAUGCCUGCCACCAACAGCAGCGGCCAGCCCGUGCAGAGCAGUGCCGGCAGGCAGCAAGGAAAAUUCGUUGCAGAGCAGCAGAUCUUACCUCCCCCAAUACAGAUGCAACCGGUUACCUGUAGCACCGUCCGACCUUCAGCCCCAUCACCCGUUUUCUCCCCGUCUCUGAUGAUCCCACACACCAGCUUCACAUCCCACCAGGCAAACACACCGGUUCAUCUCCACCAGUGGCCACAGCAACAGGUUCAGCAGCACCGUCUCUACCUUCAGAUGCAAGGUCCUGAGCUGGUGCCUGGGGGUCCGACGCAGCGCAUUUUCCAGCCCCCCCACACACCGCAGCAGAACCCCCUGAGCUACUUCCUCCACCCGCAGCAGCAGAGCCGCCACGCACAGGGCCAGGCCUGCAACCUGCCGGACAUGCCCGAGAUGCAGCUGCCCUGAGCGCCAGGGCCGGGAGCAGGGACCACCGUGGCUGCAGCCGCCCGGCGCCCGGGCACAGGCACAGGGGAGGACGCCGCCAUCGGAGCAUGGCACGGGUGAGGUCAGGCCCUGCAGGGAAGAUGGUGGCUGGAGGGACAGUCCCCAUGGGGGACGGGCGGCUCCGGGGGCACCUCAUCGGUUGGGAUUUCCAUGCAGCUGGUCCGUGAUGCUGCUGCGGCAGCCGUAGGUGCCCAGCGCUGCGGUACAAUGGGAAGGCGAUGGCUUUCUGGCUGCAGGGAGGUUAGUUACCAGGUCGCCACGAAAGUUGCUUUGCAAAGGAGAAAAACCUUUUCCAUUCAGGACUUCAAUGCUGAAAGUCACUGUGAAUUGAAGCCCAGCAUUUGGAGCACAUACACAGACUGUACCGGUCCGCAGGAUGCCGUUGGGUUACCAUGUACAUAACUCGUUUUGCUGUAGUAGGUCCAUUGUGGAGUAUUUUUUUUCCUUUUUUCUAUACCUCAGUCCCGCAAUUUUUUUGUUUUCCAGGAGAUUGGAUAAUGCUGCUAAUUUACAUAACACCACUUUUGCCUGAAUUUCUUACUGUUGUUAUACCAGCUUACAUCACAGCUAGUAAGAUAUUUGUCAUGUUUUAUUUUGGUUAACAAGUGCAGCUAAAUUUAUAUGGUUUUUACUCCCUGUAGCCAAAUAUUUUUUGGGUUACAGACAAAGAAUCUUUACUUGUUCUUUUUUUUUGGUUGUUUUGUUUCAAGUGAUGUAGUUGUAUACAUUUCUAUACAUGAAAACAAACAAAUAAGCAUAGAACAGCUUGAUGGCAAACUUUGUGGUUUUGCUAGGUAAUGUUUCAAUUUGAUGAACCUGAAACAGAUGAUCACAAGGACACAAGCCCGUAGAGUCAGCAAUAAAUUGUAUUUUUGUAAAUUGUCACUUUUUAACUGUAAGUUUAUAUUUAUGAAUUGAAAAAAGUUUAUUCCUCAGUGGGUGUAUAGUUACGUGUCCCUACUGUUAUUGUCUUUCCAAAGGAAAAAUGAAAAUGUAUGUUUUUGAGGCGUUAAUAGCUGAGUACUAACUCUGGGUGCUGUUAGAGCCCGAAUGUAGGAGAAGGGUCAGGCCAUUACUGUAAGCUUUGCAAGAAAAUGGUUAAGACCAGGUGCGUCUAGCUGCAAAGCUCCGUCUGGCAGUCAGAGCAAGGGUUAGGGACGGGUUAGUUCAUAACCUCUGUCGAAUCAAGCAAAGCAUGGUGGGUUUCUUUUGCCUUUUUUUUAUUUGGCAUUUGUUUGCUUUUUUUCUUGUGCAAGCCACUUGCUUGGCUCUUUGCACCACUGCAGCAGCUGGACGCCGGUGCUUGCUGAUAGGAUGAGCAUCCCCAAGCAGCCCUGUGUUUCAAGAAAAGGGGGGAAGUGGGAGAGUUAGCAUGAAAAGAAAAAAUAGGAAUAGCUAAUGGUGCAUAUAUCUAUAGCUAGAGCUACCCAGUAUCUACAGCUAGCUUGCUUUCCCCCAUCAGGCACACACCUUUCCUGCGCUGCAGCACUGGGAGGAUUUUGUUAACUUUGGGGCCAGGCAUGAGCACUUGGGCUCAGUAGCAGGGGGAGCAGAAAACCAGACUGUUUCAGCCUGACUGAAGCAUGUUGGGGCAGCCCGAGUUUCCCGGAGAGCUGGGGAAUGAAACCGGGAGCACAACAGAGCUGCCCCGUCUGGGUUUCGGCUGCAGCCUUCCUACCUGGCAGGGCACAGCGUGCCUCACCACCUGCCCCCCCCACCUGCCCCCCCCGGUACAAGGGGGCUGCUUCCCACCUGCCAGGUUUUUCCUGGGGAAGGGGAUGGGGUUUUGAUGUGCCCCGUUGCCGUGGGGCUGGUGGGAGGACAGGCUCCUGGAGCAGGAACGCUGCGAGCCGUCCCUGGCUGGGACCCAGCACAUGCAGUCCCUGGGCAAUGGGGGGGUGAGCAGCUGCUCUUGGGCACAGCCUGACCUGCCCCCCACCCCCCACCCCCCUUUUUCAACCCCCUACGAGUAACUGUGGCUACAGCAGAGCCAUGGGCCGGGGCCACCUCGCUGCUGGUAGGGGGACGUGGGGCACCUGCCGCUGCCGUGCGAUCUGGAGCUGAAAUAACAGCCUCAGCCCUCGGCCCUUAGAGCCCGUGUCCUGGGGAGAGCAGGGGGUCGAUCCUGCCCCACCUGGUUUGUGCUGCAGCAUCACGUGCGGGGCCACAGCAUGGAGCCUUUGAGGUAGGAAAAAAUUGUUUUAUUUUAUUUUUUUUAAAGCACUAUUACUUUUAGGGCCUCCCCUUCCCCAUCCCAUCCCAGUAGGGCUGCUCAAGAGGUUGGGACCGGAGGCGUUGCUCUUUUGGGGUUUUUUGGGGGGGAGCGGGGGUUCCCCUUGGCUUGGCACGUAAUGUCAGGUGGGGAGGCAAAGGCACACUUUUACGUUCAGUCUCCACGGCUGUACGCAGUUCACGGCCCAGUGUGGCUGGCAGGAGGGAAAGGCCAUGCAUUUCCCUGCCUUGAACCCCACAUCACCCCCGAUGCACCGUGGCUGUUCCGCAGUGUCCCGUCGGCAUCCGUGAGCCCGGACAUGGCCGGUGUCCACCAAAUGUGUCUCAGAGGUCAGUUGAUCAUGUUGGUGGUCAGGGGCUGGGGGGGGGUGGGGCGUCUUUUUUUUUUAACAGGGCUUGGUAGGGAGGUAGCCAGGGCAGAGUAGUUUUCUGGCGUUGCUGUGACUUUGAAAGCAAAUCCAAGAGAAGGGGGUUGGGAAGGGGGCUGGGGGGAGGUGUGGGGGGGAGCGCGUGUGUCAGAUGGGGCUGUGCCAUGGGCCCGGCCCUUCUGCUGGCAGCACUGGGGUGCACGGACAGGGAGGGCUGGGGGCUGUGGGGGGGUGGCAGCAUCACCCCUGCUCACAGCCGCUCGGCGGGGAGCACAGGAGGUUUGCAAGGAUGUUUACAUGUUAGAUUGGCCUUGCUAAAACAAGAGACCUAAAAUGCACUUUAUCACUUACCCCUCCUCUAUUCCCAGUGUCUGCCCCAGCCGCUCGGCAGCUGCUGGUGGGCAGUGGGUGGCUGCAUGCCUCACGGGUAGAGCCGUGUUUUCCAGACGUGCUCCGAAGGACAAAAUCCCACAGUCCCUUUUUGGGGCUUGCUUGGUCCCUGCUUGGUCCCUCCAGGCUGCGGGGAGGCUGAGUCAGGCCCGUGGGAUUUUUGCCUUACGCUGUCACUCACUCUCAAAAAAGUAUAUGAAUAAAUAAAUCUCUUUAUUCAGGUUGAUUUGUAUUUGUUUACCUCGGUGUUAGCUAUGACCUGUGUUUUUGGGACCCAUUUGGAAUUGAGGGUUGCUGGUGCGUUCGGUUCACACACAGCCGGGUGCUCAGAAGUGUGACUUGUUGGUGACAAGCAGAGGGCAGGAACACGACUGAUGGCACCUGCGUCAGGGUUGGGCUCCAGUGUCGGUGUCGACCUAUUAGUCUUUCAUGUUCUGAGGCUUUCUAGUACACAAGCACCUAUAUACUAGGUCCCUCUAUAUAUAGGUAUACAGAUAUAUGUAUUUUUAAUAUACAUAUAUCAUGUAUGUACGUGUAUAUCUAUAUAUAAAUAUAUAUAUAGGCCACACAAUUCCAGACCUCUGAAAACACAGGCAGCUUUAAUUAAUAAAAGUCUUGCACUUUUAGCAUAUUUGUACAUAUAAGCUAAAGCCUGGUGGGUAUAAUCAGGCUGGUUUGACAAACAGUGAAAAGUUACUGUAUAUAUUGUAUAUAGUACAUGUAAAAAAAAAAAGAAAAAAAAAGAGAAAAAAAUCUUAGAAUUGAGUAUAAAUCUUGGUUUAUUUUAUAUGAUGUCAAAUAUAGAUACAUUUAUAAAUGUUACUAUUCUUAAAAGUAUUUUGUAAUGGGAAAAAGGAAGUGUCUUAUGAAGAUGAACAGUAAAGAUUUUAUUCUUGUCUUGAAUCUAUGUACCUGCACAGCUCCAUUGAAUGGGAGCCCAUGCAUUUUGACAAGCUUUAAACAGAUUGUACAUAGUAUUUAAAAAAAAAAGAAAAGGAAAAAAAGAAAUAAAAUAAUGCUUGUAAGACCUCUUA